AUGGCUGUUUGGGAACGAUGGUAUUUUCUCGGGUGUUUUUUUUUCACCCUGCUUUGUCUCUCGGACCGGUCCGUUGCUCAGAUUUCCUAUUCUAUUUUCGAGGAGUGUGACAAAGGAACAGCGGUGGGAAACCUCGCUAAGGAUUUAAAUCUCAAUGUGCAGCAGCUCUUUUCCACGGGGCUUCAGAUCACUUCUGGAAACAACAAUCAGUAUUUUGACAUAAAUCAGGAAUCUGGAGUACUUUUCGUUAGGGAGAGGAUAGAUCGGGAGGUGCUUUGUCCUAAUACGGUAAAAUGCUCUUUAAACAUAGAAGCCGCGACGAGUAGCCCGCGUAGCCUCCAUCGAAUUGAAGUUUCUAUUAAAGAUGUUAAUGACAAUGCACCAUCUUUUCUGGAAGAAAUAAAUUCAAUUGAUCUAUACGAGUCCUCGUAUGUCGGAGAAAGGCAUCCACUGCCGAUUGCCUAUGACGCAGACGCAGGCGCUAACUCAGUGAAGUCUUACAAAUUAAGCCCGAAUGAACACUUUACUUUGGAUAUACAGAACGGUGGUGACCAGAGUUUGUCCGCUGAAUUGGUGCUGCAGAAAGCAUUAGAUCGAGAAAAACAGGCUGUUAUUGAACUCACGCUGACUGCAAUAGACGGCGGAAAACCUCCCAAAACGGGAAACGUACAGAUACAAGUUAAUGUACUGGAUGUUAACGACAAUUCACCUGUUUUCAGUAAAUCUCUUUAUAAGGUCCAAGUUUCAGAAAAUGAAAAUGCUGGAACAACGUUGUUAGCACUUUCUGCUACUGAUUUGGAUGACGGAGUUAAUGGUCAAAUUGUGUACUCUUUCACAGAAAAGAGGCGUUUUAAUCCUGAUGACGUAUUUUCCCUGAAUGAGAGUACAGGAGAAAUUAAAGUCAAAGGAAACAUCGAUUAUGAGGAGAAUCAAGCAUAUGAGAUUCGUGUCCAAGCACGGGAUAAAGGCACUCCUCCUCGCAGCGCACACAGCAAGAUUUUAGUUGAAGUUAUCGAUGUCAAUGAUAAUGCUCCAGAAAUCUCAGUUUCAUCAAUAAUGAGUCCAGUGAAAGAGGAUGCUGAAAUAGGGACAGUUGUUGCUAUGGUGACUAUCACUGAUCACGAUGGCGGCAAGAAUGGUCUGACAUACUGUAAAAUUAUAGGGUCUCUGCCAUUUAAAUUAAAAUCAAAUUAUAAAAACUAUUAUUCGUUGUUGGUUGACGGACCUCUUGACAGAGAGAGUGUUUCACAGUUUAAUGUUUCAAUUAUAGCUACUGACGAAGGGAUUCCCUCAUUGUCAAGCACAAGCGUCAUAAAUGUUAAGGUUUCUGACGUUAAUGAUAAUCCUCCUCGAUUCCUGGGGCCUGUAAUUAAUGUUUAUGUGAAAGAGAAUAGCCCAAUUGGAAAUACUAUUCACAUACUCACGACACUUGAUUCAGAUUUAAAUGAAAAUGCAAAGGCAACGUACCACUUAAUUAACAGUUCACCGAAGGAAACCCAGAUAUCUUCAAUCAUAAACAUCAACUCGGAGACUGGAGAUAUAGUCAGUCUGCAGUCUUUCAACUAUGAGAACAUUAAAACGUUUCAGUUUAAAGUUCAGGCCACAGACUCUGGUGUUCCUCCGCUCAGCAGCAACGUGACUGUGAACGUUUUAGUCCUGGAUGAGAACGACAACAGUCCCACCAUCCUCUUGCCCUAUUCUGAGCACGGCUCCGUUAACAGUGAGAGCAUCCCCUAUUCUGCUGAAGCGGGAUACUUUGUGGCAAAGAUCAGGGCUGUAGACGCAGACUCUGGAUACAACGCGCUGCUUUCUUAUCACCUCUCUGAGCCAAAAGGAAACAACCUCUUCCGGAUCGGAACCAGCACCGGAGAGAUCAGGACUAAGAGGAGAAUGAGUGACAAUGACCUGAAGACUCACCCCUUGGUGGUGUUGGUGUCUGAUAGCGGUGAACCCUCCCUGUCAGCUACUGUGUCCAUUGACGUGGUGGUGGUUGAAAGCACAGCUAACAUCCAGACUCCGUUCAGACAUGUUCCCGUAAAGGAGGACAGCUUCUCUGACUUAAACCUGUACCUGCUGAUUGGCAUUGUGUCGGUGUCGGUGAUCUUUCUGCUGAGCCUCGUCAGUUUAAUAGCUGUCAAAUGCCACAGGACAGACGGCAGCUUCAGCAGGUACAGCGCCCCAAUGAUCACCACCCACCCGGACGGGAGCUGGUCUUACUCUAAAUCUACUCAGCAGUACGACGUGUGUUUCAGCUCAGACACACUGAAGAGUGACGUGGUUGUAUACCCCGCACCGUAUCCUCUAAUAGAUGGUGAGCUGAUAAGUAUUAAUGGAGGAGACACUUUUACCAGAACACAGACUUUACCCAACAAAGACAAGGUAAGAACCAUAAAGCCUAUCUUUGCUGGAUGUGUGUAUGCAAUCUUAAAAAUAAUACAGAUCAGGACUAAGCGGAGAAUGAGUGACAAUGACCUGAAGACUCACCCCUUGGUGGUGUUUGUGUCUGAUAACGGAGAACCCUCCCUGUCAGCUACUGUGUCUAUUGACGUGGUGGUGGUUGAAAGCACAGCUGACAUCCAGACUCAGUUCAGACAUGUUCCCCUAAAGGACGACAGCUUCUCUGACUUAAACCUGUAUCUGCUGAUCGGCAUUGUGUCAGUGUCGGUGAUCUUUCUGCUUAGCCUCGUCAGUUUAAUAGCUGUCAAAUGCCACAGGACAGACGGCAGCUUCAGCAGGUACAGCGCCCCAAUGAUCACCACCCACCCGGACGGGAGCUGGUCUUACUCUAAAUCUACUCAGCAGUACGACGUGUGUUUCAGCUCGGACACACUGAAGAGUGACGUAGUGGUUUACCCCGCACCUUAUCCGCAAGUAGAUGGUGAGCUGAUCAGUAUUAAUGGAGGAGAUACCUUUACCAGAACACAGACUUUACCAAACAAAGACAAGUUUAAAGUUCAGGCCACAGACUCUGGUGUUCCUCCGCUCAGCAGCAACGUGACUGUGAACGUUUUAGUCCUGGAUGAGAACGACAACAGUCCCACCAUCCUCUUGCCCUAUUCUGAGCACGGCUCCGUUAACAGUGAGAGCAUCCCCUAUUCUGCUGAAGCGGGAUACUUUGUGGCAAAGAUCAGGGCUGUAGACGCAGACUCUGGAUACAACGCGCUGCUUUCUUAUCACCUCUCUGAGCCCAAAGGAAACAACCUCUUCCGGAUCGGAACCAGCACCGGAGAGAUCAGGACUAAGAGGAGAAUGAGUGACAAUGACCUGAAAACUCACCCCUUGGUGGUGUUGGUGUCUGAUAACGGAGAACCCUCCCUGUCAGCUACUGUGUCUAUUGACGUGGUGGUGGUUGAAAGCACAGCUGACAUCCAGACUCAGUUCAGACACGUUCCCCUGAAGGAGGACAGCUUCUCUGACUUAAACCUGUAUCUGCUGAUCGCCAUUGUGUCGGUGUCGGUGAUCUUUCUGCUGAGCCUCGUCAUUUUAAUAGCUGUCAAAUGCCACAGGACAGACGGCAGCUUCAGCAGGUACAGCGCCCCAAUGAUCACCACCCACCCGGACGGGAGCUGGUCUUACUCUAAAUCUACUCAGCAGUACGACGUGUGUUUCAGCUCAGACACACUGAAGAGUGACGUAGUGGUUUACCCCGCACCUUAUCCGCAAGUAGAUGGUGAGCUGAUCAGUAUUAAUGGAGGAGACACUUUUACCAAAACACAGACUUUACCCAACAAAGACAAGUUUUCAAUAAACACAAACAUGCUUAUUGUUUUAAACGAGUGUGCUUCAUACAAGGCCCAACUUGAGUGGAUAUUUUAG